GUUAAAGCAGCAGCAGUGAGCCAGUGAGAAAGUGAAGAAGAUGAUGGAUAUGGUGAAUGUAAGCCAACGCAAGACGAAAAGGCAAAGCGAGAAGAUGUCUCUGGAAGACUACCUCCUUCUCAUUCAGUCUCGCUCCAACCUCCACCUCACCGUCACUCACCUCAAUCAGAUCAUCAGCAUGCACGGAUUCAAAAAACUUCACAGACUUCACAAGAAAGUUCUGAGCGACGCCGUGAGCACACUUGACCUGGUGGAACCGAGCCGCUCUACGCUCCGGGACUACAUCUCGCCGCCGGUCAACACUUUUCUGAACGACGUCGUCGCGGACAUGAACGACCUGAGCUGGCAGGAGUGCUGCGUCACCGCCAUCAAAACGCUGAGCUCGUGUCAACUAAACGACGCCGUCGAGUGCUCGAAGAGCCACCAAUCGCCUCCCACGGCUCUGGAUUCCCACGGCGGCGGCGUUUCCGGUACUACAUUUCAGGGAAGGGCUGAGCCGUUGAGGAAACUGGUGCAGUGGAAGAAGAGACGGGCUCAGGAGAGCGCUGAUCCGGUGGUGAAGAGGCAGAGGAUGAGAUCGGAAAGCGACGGUGGUGGUGGCGCCGCCGCUCUUGCUUGUGAUUGUGUCUCGUUGGAUUCGUGUUGAAUUCUUUUCAGGUAAUGAAACGCUCAAACGACGUCGUUUCGUUUCGGUUUUUGGUUUCUCACCAUUUGUAUCUAUUUUCGUUUGAGUUGAUUUCCUGCAAACAGAGAAAGCAUUUACAGUCGUUUUGGAUGGAGUUUGGUAACGCAGCCUCUCAAAGUUGUUGGUUAGUGGUAGAUCUGCGAUAUUCGUAAAAACUAAGGGUUGUUUCUGUAAUUUAGUUCAUACAGUGGCAGGGAGUCUUUUGGUAUCUGUUGAGAUAAUAAUCUGAGAGCUCAACAGAAAUUUUUUGGAUUGCAAAUUACACUUUCAUCACUAAUUGAUGAUAUUAGUGGUAGUAUUGUUUGAGUUGUUAAUGACUACUAGUAUCUUAGUAUAAUAGUUUCUGCUGACAUUGUUCAUAAAAUUUUGGGUUCCUUUUACAUGAAUCUUUUUGGGGACAUUAUCCUAAUGUAGUAUCAGCUGCAAUGACUACAAAUUAAAAAUGAACUAAUGAAGUAAGUUAUCCAAGAGCUCAGUUACCUUUUCAUCAAAUAAAAGAGCUCAGGUACUUAAAAAGAUAUGGAAAUUGAACGUCUCUUGAAAAGUGAAGAUUUUGCUUGGUUUUGUGACAUAAUUGUGAUAAGAGCUUGUUUUGGAAAAAAAGUGUUUUUGAACUUUAAUUGAAAAAAUAACCAAUGUGCG